CCGUUGACCCCUCUCCCCUCUUCCCCCCUCCCCCCGCCCCCCGCUCGCCCUCCCGCUCUCUCGCCCAUCUUCCUCCUUAACCCCCCGCAGAUUCAAUUCCUAAUUGGAUCAGACGGAAUAAUAAGAUUUGAAUUUGGAAUCGGGGCCAAUGGUGCGCGCGGCGAACACGCGGAUCUACCUUCGCGGACUGUAAGCAACGUCCGGGCUCUUCGCUAACAAUCGUCCCGGGUCCGCUUUUAAUUCAUCCGACGCGGUUCACCUCCGUGGGCCACGCGACUCUCCCGCAGGAGGAUCGCGACCCUCCGGAUAGCUCCUCCGAUCAUACCCCGCCUUUUCUAUUCCCAAUCAUCCCAUUUUUCCCCUGUAAACGUCGUUACACUCAACAGUGCACACGGACUCUGAUCCACAAGUGAAAGUGACUUAUUGCCGAGUGUUUUAACACGGACUGGACUUCCAAAGGAUUUUUCACGUCGUUCAAGUGUUUCGUCACGGUUCAGUUAACGAAGGAGACUCCUCGGAGAUUCAUUCGUCGCCAACUGACUCGAGCGGAAGCCCAGCUUUUCAUCCGGAAAGGAUAACUUCGUUGGCAGGGCUUGGUAAACAAUACACACCGAGGAUCCCGAGCCCCGCGAGUCCCCAAGACUCUCCCAUCGACUCGAGCGGAAGUAACCUCUGGAAUCGAACAACAAUGUCUUCGUAAGAGGCUCGAAAAAAGAUUUUCAUCACGCUGACCUCAACAAGGUCACACCGGCAUCAUCCUGGCUAACGAUUUGUCCGGUGGUAGCGGACCCGGUGGCGGUGUGGGCUCCGUUGGUAGCACCGUCGGCGGUGGCGGUGGCCUCUCCACGACCGCCCUCAGCCUCGACCAUCAACAAUUCAAUAUUUUUCCCGCCAUAUUCAGCAGGCAACUCAACUUUUCUGCGGCCGCCGCCAACUGCGGACAAAACAAACUUAUGGACGAACUCAGGCCCAAUCUCGGUCUACUCGGUGUUGGCCUCGUCGAAAACGAUACUUUUCACAUUAAUCAUAAUCAGGAGAAAAGAAAGUGCAGCAGUGCCAGCUCCAAUGAACAAGACUUCGGCCUCUAUGGCGUUCAUCAGGGACUCGAAUCCAGUCCGCCCACAACUGCUACGACACCCGGACGCAACAGCGUCGGAAAUGCCAGUAGCGUCGGAGCAGAGGGUGCCUUCAAGAAAUUGAAACCGGAGCCCUGCACGGCGAGUCCCCACAUUGGCCACACACCAACCACAGCUAGCUGUCCUACGCCUGCACGACGACGACACAGGACCACUUUCACCCAGGAGCAGCUGGCGGAAUUGGAAUCGGCGUUCGCGAAAUCCCAUUAUCCGGACAUAUACUGCAGAGAGGAAUUAGCGAGGAGCACCAAAUUGAACGAGGCCAGAAUCCAGGUCUGGUUCCAGAACAGAAGAGCGAAAUACAGGAAACAGGAGAAACAGUUGCAAAAGGCAUUAACCCCCAUACCGGCUUGCCAGGGCGCGAUGAUGCGAAACAUUUAUCCCGGUGCGGGCAGAGGUUACCAGCCGUAUGCGCACCCCCACAACAGCAUAAAUGGCAUCAAUCGUUAUCCUCAGAUGGGCGCUUCUUCGUACUCGAGUAUGCCACAACCGUUCUCAAUGUCACAUUCAGCGUCGAAUAUGUCCGCGGUAACGGGAAUGCGGCAAGACACAAUGGGAAUGUCAGCCGAGGACGAAUGGUACAACAAAAGUAUUUCGGCGUUGCGGAUGAACACAGCGCACCAUUCCAAUCUCGCAGCGCCGAUGCUUCAGUACCAGACAUAAUUUUAGACUUGGUCCGGGAUUCUAGAUGAAUUUGGACAAUGCUUUACAAGUGACUCGUAACAGGAUUUUAAAAUACAAGGGAAAUGGGACGAGGAGUGAAGAAGGAGAGCAAAAGCGAGUCCGCAAUGCCAGAAUACAUCGACGACACCGGACUUAGGAGGCACAAAUAACAACGCUGUGAAUCUAAAUACUCAGCGAAGUAAGGAGAAAAAACACGACGAGAAUCUACGAAAAAUGAAUUUUCGAAUGUCGUUGUGAAAUAAAACGAACUAAGUUAUGAUACGAGGAUAGAAUCAUUGACGAGACAAGCCAAAAAACGACGUUGCCGUAUUCGAUCAACUUCGAACUUCACUCAUUUGUUUUUUUGUAUUUAGCGAUAAGUUACAUAUUUUUUUUAAUCAUUAUUUUGUCUUUUUUUUCUGCAAUAUUUAUUAAUAUUAUUAAAGCGCGCCUACGCGUCCAAGAAAGUAUACAUAAACCAACGUAUAUAAAUAUUUAUAAAUAAAAAAUAAAAAAUAAGCUCUGGUGAAAAAAAAUUACAAAAAAUACAUAUUUAUAUAAAUAUAUAUAUAUGUAUAUAAUAAGAUCGCAGGAUACUUUGAUUAAUCGAGUAUUAAGAAAUUCAAGAGGGUCAACGAAUCUUCCCUCUUUUUGUGUACCAUCCUUUUCUUCGUUCCAAACCUUCGGCUUUAUUAUUUUCUUUCCUUCGAGAUACGAGAGCAACGAAACCAAAACAUAAAUAAACUCACAGCAAUCUCUCAUAGAGAUUAUUCCAUUCGAAGUAAUAAUACUGCACGUUCGGUCGAUAAACUUUUUCCGGUAUUUCUCAUCACUAAAGAUUUUCGUUUUUUUAAAUUGCACGUUUAUUUUAGCUCGUCUGAAUUGUCGUAUUUUCAACUUCGAUUCACACAGGCAUUUCAGUCGUGGCGAAAAAUGAUUUUUCAACUGUCCAGUUCUCCUUUAUCGUAUAAAUGUAAAUCGAAUGUUGAAACAUUUUUUUAGGUUAUUCACUGGGACACACGUUAUGAAAAACGUAUACCAACUGUUGGCUAAAUCUCGACCGGAGAUGAUAUUUUGUUUGCUUUUUUGUACGUCGCCUGCUGUGUACGACAUGGAAAUAAAACUGAACACGAAGGUUAUACAAAGAGGAUUAUGAAGGGGGAGGGAUAGAAGGAAAACAAAGUGAAAUGUAAAUAGGAGGCGAAAUGUGAAACGUGCAUUUUAGUCAAGAAUAAUAACAUACGCGAUUUUUCAAUGUCCUUUUAACAGUGUAAGUCCGUACCCUCGAUAAAUAUUAGACAUUCACUCUCGUGCUUCGAUUGGUGGAGAAGAAAACGAAUGAAGAGCGAGGGGGGAGAGAGAAAGAGAGAGAGAGAAUACAAAAACCAAUUUGAGGUUAUAAAAACAAUCGAAUGGAAGAGAGAAUGAGGCGUGCAUUCGAACUAAUCGACGAAUGACGGAUGUUUAAAUUAAUUUGUGAAAAAAAAUGAAAACUUUUCAUCUCUCUAAAGACAGUAACCGUCGAUUUUCUUUAUACUGGCAAUCCAAUGAAAAUCUGAUUAUUUUGCCAUCUGAAUCGGAACUGGGGAAAAAAUACAUAAAAAGUAGUUCCUUUUUCAUAAAAAAACACACAAAUAUUAAUGAUUGAAAAUAUCAUAAAUUUCAAAAGUGUGCAUGGAACGUGAUGAAUCUUCUACUCCACUGUUUAUCUCAUCGUUUUGAGCUUCACAAAUGUUGUUGACCGGUUUUUGUGUACAUACCUUAUUAUUGCUCCGGCACUCGUCAGCCGGGAAUCCAGAAAAUCUCCGUUUCAUACACGCGGCUAUUGUCUGUAUCGGUGUAAUUUUUUCGAUAACUGUGUAAUCCAAUAUAAAACGAUGCGUGAUGAAGAGAGUGAAAGGCAAGGGGGGAGGGGAGAAAGAGAGGCAGGCGGAUGAAAAUGAACGAGAAGAAAUGAAACUACCCUAAUGCAGCAUAAUUUCCAAAAAGGUGCCAAAAAGUUACUCUGCUCGUAUACAAAAGUCCGUUAAAUAAUUAUCAAAUGGGUGGAGCAGUCCGAGAGACGACUUUCGGACUGUUAAUUUUCGUACGAGUAUGUCAUUGAGAUGACUUUUUGGCGCCUAUCUGAGAUGAUAGUUACUAACCAGGGAAGACGAAACACGGACGAGGUAAAAGUUGGGUUAGAAUCAAGGGUGUUUGUUUUUUUCGGGUCAUUUUACCGCGACCGGAAAACGCUCGCAUGUUCGAACGCGGAUUGUUCCUAUAAAAAUGCAAAAAAAAAAGAAACAAACAAACAAUUUGUAACAUAUCACAAGGAUCUAAAGAAACGUACAUGAAAAAUGGCGUGAGAGAAAAUAUUCUUCGUGCUCGCAAACACAAAUGCUGUGGGAAAACAAAAUAUGAGGCAAAGUGACAAAAUCGCCGCAUAUAUAAAACACGAAGCGAAAUACACAAACAGGACACGCAGGGCUCGCUCGGGUGUGAAUAAAGAAUAAGAAUAAAAAACAAUAAGCCCGAGUUCACGUCGAAAUUAUAUGUAUAUAUACACAUAAAUAUAUGUAGAAAUAUAUUUAUGUGUACAUAUAUGCGAAGGCAUUUGAAACGAGGAUAUAUAUAUUACUAUAUGUGCUCUAAGCGAGAGUCACGUAUUGUACGUAUGUGUUGUACAUAGCCUGAAUAAAAAAAUUACGUUUAAAACUUA